GGCAGCUCCAGAGCACAGGUGCCAGGCUGGUGGCUCUGCCUCACCCAGCCCCAGCAUGAGCUCCUACGACCUCCCCGCACCCUCCCCGCCUCGCUGCAGCCCCCAGUUCCCCAGCAUCGGCCAGGAGCCCCCCGAGAUGAACCUUUACUAUGAGAACUUCUUCCACCCACAGGGUGUGCCCAGCCCUCAGCGGCCCCCCUCCUUCGAGGGAGGUGGCGAGUACGGGGCCACCCCCAACCCCUACCUCUGGCUCAGUGGGCCAGCCAUGACCCCGCCGCCCUACCUGCCGGGCACCAACACCAGCCCCUUCCUGCCCCAGGCCUACGGCAUGCAGAGGCAGCUGCUGCCCAGUAUGUCCGGGCUGGGGGGCAGUGACCUGGGUUGGCUGCCCAUCCCCUCGCAGGAGGAGCUGAUGAAGCUGGUGCGCCCUCCCUACUCUUACUCGGCUCUUAUUGCCAUGGCCAUCCAUGGGGCACCUGACAAGCGCCUCACCCUCAGCCAGAUCUACCAGUAUGUGGCUGACAACUUCCCCUUCUACAACAAGAGCAAGGCCGGCUGGCAGAACUCCAUCCGCCACAAUCUGUCCCUCAACGACUGCUUUAAGAAGGUUCCUCGAGAUGAGGACGACCCAGGCAAAGGGAACUAUUGGACCCUGGAUCCCAACUGCGAGAAGAUGUUUGACAAUGGAAAUUUCCGCAGGAAGAGGAAGAGAAAAUCGGACGUUUCUUCCAGCACAGGCUCUUUGGCCUCAGAGAAAACCGAUAGCAAUCUCCUGGCAGGCAGCCCCAAGAGCACGGAGUCACAAGACAUCCUGGACAGUGGCUCACCGGCCACCUCCAGCUCCCCAGAGAAGCAGUCCUCCCCACCCUCCUCAGGCACUCCAUGCCUCAACAGCUUCCUGUCCACCAUGACGGCCUACGUGAGUGGGUCGAGUCCAGUGGGCCGCCCCGUGGGCACGCCGGGACUGAGCCCCGAGCCCUCUGACAAGCUGGGGCAGGGCAGUCUGAGUUUCAACUCCUACACCCCACUCACCAACCUCACAGGCCAUGGGAGCGGCAGCGAAUGGGCCAGUUCAGUGCCCACCAAUGCCCUUGGCUAUGGCAGUUCUGUCCUCAACCAGUUCAGCCCUCACUUCUACAACAGUGUGAACACCAACAGUGUCCUCUACCCCAGGGAGGGCACGGAGGUCUAGGACCCAAACAGCUCCUGGGCCACAUGGACAUGAUGCAGAGAGACACAGCCAAGUCCCCUAGACCAGCCCCACACCACCCUGUGAGCCAGGAGCUCAGAACUGCCCAUGCAUAACACAGGAGACUCAAGAGGAAGCGUUCUCUUUCUAAAACAUUGUUCAAACUUUCUGUUCAUCGCACCCAAGUCCAUGCAAAGACUUACCAGCUUUGCAGUGGUAAUACCGGUGCCUGGAUAGCAGUCAUAAAGGUGGCAAUUUUUUGAGCACUUGUUCUGUGCUGGGUGCUGCGGUAGGCUCUUUACAGGCAUAGUCGCAUUUGCUAUUUAAAGUCACCCUGUGGGAGUCACAUCAACCUCCUCGUUAACAGAAGGGAAAUAGAGCUUGAGGAAGUUAAGAAACUUUUCCAGAGUCUUACAAGCUAACAAAUGCCAGAGCUACAGGUCAAAUGUGAGUCUGGGUAACCCCAAAGAUCAAACCAAACGAAGCAGGGAUAGAGGAUUGGCUGAGCGGCUAAGGAAUGUCAGGGUGAGAGGCUGAUUUUGGCAGAUACGUCAAAACUUCUCCCCUGCCCUCUGGUUGUUCCUCAAACUCCAACGCCAGCCAGGCCUGUCUUGUUCUGGUCUGUCUUUAUUCUGUUUGCCCCAACUUUCCUGCAGAUACUCAUCUGGCUACCAUUCAAGGAGAGAAAUGACUUGCCAGCAGACUUAACUUAGAAAGUACAGCCCAGGUGCCCUGCAGGACAGUAGAGCUGGCAAGUACGAUGGAGUGCAUCCCUGUUCCAGCUCCCCACAGAUCCUGAGAAGACCCAGGGUCAGUGAGAGGAGUGGUGUACCCUCAGUGCCCCACCCCAGGCUGCCCUUCUGCAAAAGCUCAUAAAGCCCAGCUUCCUGUGUAUGUGUGUGUGUCAUGGACCAGUGAGUUGGCAGUGGCUGAGGUUUCCAAGAGAAACAAGGCGGAAUGAGCACUUCCUUCUCUAUAGCUCUGGAGAGCUGGAUGUUUGAGAAACAACAGCCUCAAAGGAAAAUCCUCAGCCUCCCUCACAGGGUCUGUGAGUGCAGCUCCUGGGAAUUCUCCUUCUCAUUUUUAUAGAUACUUUAUAUGCCUGUGAUAUUUUAUCACAGCACAUCUUAGGAAGAGUUGUUUGAUUUCUUAUUUUCUUUUUAAUAAAAAAAAAAAAAACACAAACUCUUUG